AUGUCUACAUACAAUACUCCAAAUCGUCUACGACAUACACCAAAAACAACUCGUACCUAUGAAUCAAGUGAUAAUGGAACACCAAGUCCUGCACGUUUUCGUUCAAAACGUAAUUGUAAUGAUGAAAAUUCAUAUCGAAAAACAAAAUUUGAACCAAAUUUUGAUGAAAAUGCUAAUGAUCAAUUUCAUGAAGGAACUUUAAAUAAAUUUUAUAUUAAAAAUAAUGAUGAAAAAUUAGAACGAAUAUCAAAACCAAGUUUUGAAGAAGAACAAGAAGAAUUAAAAAAAUCUUUAUCAAAAGAUUGGUGUGAUAAAAUGGAUAAUGAAGAAGCAGAAGAAAAAAAAUUACAUAGUUUUAUUUUAUAUCUUAAACAAUUUUCUAUACAUGAAAAUAAAACAACAGAAGAACUUCUUUCAUCAAUUGAAUGUUGUCCAAAAGAACUUUUACGUCGACAAAAAGAAAUUAGUAAAGGAAAAUUAUCAAAAAUAUAUGAAAAUUAUAUAUUGAAUAUACCUCGAAAAUAUCGUAUGCGACAACAUCCACGUACACCAUGUAAAUAUGCAAAAAUGUCUCGACGUGGUUUUGAUGGUGCUAUUAAAGCAUGGCGUCGAAAACUUCAUGAAUUUAGUGGAGAUAAAUCAAAAGAAAAUAAUAGUAUUAAUGAUGAUGAUUCAAUCUCAUCAUCACAACGUAGUGAUGAUUAUUCAACAUCAUCAUCAACAUCAAUAUGUAUGGAUGAAAAUGAUGAGAAUUUUCUUCCAGAUUUAUAUGAUUUUGAAGAAUCACUUAUAAAUAAUACGAAAACAAUUGAAUCAUUUAUUGAUUUGGAUGUUGCUAAUUCUAUGGAUACAAUUAUUAAUAAUGUUGAUUCACGUUCAGCUAUGACAUUUGAUUGA